AUGAAGGGCAAAGUAGUUGAAGUCAAAAGAUUGGGCAGUUGGAUUAUGAAAGUUAAAGUAGCCCUAGCAGAAGAAAUGAUUAACAUUAGUGUAUAUGUACCACAGUCGUGUUAUGAGGAGGAAGAAAAGUUAAAGUUUUGGCAAGAUAUGGAUGAAAUGCUUAUGUCUAUCUGUGAGGAUGAGAAGUUAGUCAUAGGAAGUGAUCUAAAUGGCCAUAUAGGAACAGUCAAGAGAGUUAUAUUUAGAAUACAUGGAGGAGGAAAGAAAAAGGGAAUGCCCAAAAUCAAGUGGUGGGAGCUACACAAGGAUGAAAUAAAAACCAGACUCAAAGAAACCUCAUCUGACUGCUGCAAGGAUGGCAUGUAA